AUGAUGUUUUUUUCAGAUGUGAUUGGUCAAGUUCAAGACUUGGGGGAUCUUGAAAGUAUUCAAGUCUCAGGCAAACCAAGAAUGAAAUUGGAGUUUACCCUUCGCGACAUCAAUGAUGCUCGUGUUCCCUGCUGUCUGUGGGGUAAAUUUGCCGAGAUCCUCUACGAGGGGUGUAGAAAAGACGAGGAAGGGAAGCCCAUUUGUCUAAUAAGGUUUGCAAAGAUCGGGAAAUUUAGAGGUGAACUCCAAAUCACCAAUGCUUUUGAGGCAUCAUUGGUCUUGAUUAAUCCUGACAUAGCUGAAACUGCUGCUUUCAAACAAAUGUUUGUUGAUGAGGUUAAACCCCUCGCCCUUUGUGAGGGUCGUGAUGAAACACUUGAUUUGGAAGAGGUGAAAUGUAUCCAAGAGAAGCGUGACAAAUGGAUGCUUUAUCCCAAGAGAACCAUCCAGGAACUCCUUGAGUCCACUCAGGUGGAUAAGUGCUUGGUCGAGUGCAAGGUCUUUGCUAUUGACUCAGAUUGGGGCUGGUAUUACUUUGGUUGCUGCACAUGCAACAAAAAGGUGGUGAAAGUGGGAACUUUAGUUAAGACAAUUCAUGGAAACGAGGUCACUACACAUCUCUGGUGGUGUGAGGUGUGCAAAGAGAAUGUUUCAAGUGUGUCACCAAGGUGA